AUGGCACUCGCUUUCUUCAGCUCAGCGCAGCAGAGACGUCGGCGAAGAUGGCCGGACCGCUAUGCCGCUGCAAUACGGGGCCAGGAAGACUUGUACGCUCGCUGCCCACUCGUGCGGCAAACCGUGGACGAGGCGCCCGGGUUGCUGUCGGACCUGGAUUCAGCGCUCAUUCGCAGGGCUCCUCUCUGCAGCUUUCUCGUGCUGCGACGGGGGAGGUGGAAGAGGCAACCCAGGCCUGGGCCAGGGAAGUACGAGCUGAUCCUGGAUGCUGGAGAGCUGGUCGCCAACGGAUUUGUCAUGCAGCUGUCCGCAUAUCGCUGGGAUGCGCUUGGCUGCGUCGAGGCCCUGCUGCGACUUCUUGGCAGCACUCUCGCGUCCCUUUGUGCCAGCGGCAGCAUGGCCGCCAUGGUGUCGGCGGAGCCAAUCGACUACUUGGUCAACUUUUUCCGGGCGUUUGAAGUGGACGUUCGCCUCCUUGGCAGUACGUCACGUCCGGUGAUCAUCGCGACGGCCAAAGAAGCCAUCACGACACAGCAGAUUGAGUCGGUUGUGCGACGUGAGGUAGCCGAGGAGAGAUCACACGGCCGUUAUGCCAGCAUCCUUCGGGCUGCCCUUGCAGGGGAGCGCCCUCUGCGCCUGCUGGAUGUUGGCGGUGGGGAUGGGCACAUGGCGGAGUGGUGGUCGGAUAUGGGCUGCGAUGUGCAUCUCCUUGAGGUUGAUGCCGAUUGUGCAGUAGCCGCCACCGCACGACUCGGCCAGGAGCGUGUGGCGCUCCACGACGGUGUGUCUGCUUGGCCCUAUCCAGAGAGUUCUUUCGAUGUUUGCCUUCUGCUUUUCGUGCUGCACCACAUCGGUGAGGAAAAAGCACUGGAACAUACUCUUGCAGAAGCCGCCCGGGUGAGUCGUCGAGCAUCUUGGGAGGUUUAG